CUUAAGAACCGCCCUUCCAAAGAUGGCCGGAUGGUGCAAACUGCAAUCUUUGUUGCAACGUUUCAACGACAACCCAUUCCAGGCAUUGUUCUUAGAACGUCGUCACGAGAAAGACUGAUAGUUGAAGAGCUGCUGAUACGAUAUAGUUAUUUUUCGUUUUACAAAACAAAUAUUCACUUCACAAGCUGAAAAAUGGGCAGAAAAAGAAAGCAGACAAGUGGUGGGCAAGAAGGUGCUGAAACACAAGCUGCCACGGAAAUGGAGCAGCAACAACCUCCUGCUCAAGCAAUGGCACAAUUGAAUUUAGGUUCUCAACAGCUCCCUGCUGGGCCUCAAGCCAUGCCACAACGUCCUGCUGGACCCCAAGCCAUGCCACAACGUCCUGCUGGACCCCAAGCCAUGCAACAACGUCCUGCUGGACCCCAAGGCAUGCAACAACGUCCUGCUGGACCCCAAGCCAUGCAACAACGUCCUGCUGGACCCCAAGCCAUGCAACAACGUCCUGCUGGACCCCAAGCCAUGCCACAGCGUCCUGCUGGACCCCAAGCCAUGCAACAGCGUCCUGCUGGACCCCAAGCCAUGCAACAACGUCCUGCUGGACCCCAAGCCAUGCAACAGCGCCCUGCUGGGCCACAAGCCAUGCCACAGCCCCCUGCUGGACCCCAAGCCAUGCAACAGCGUCCUGUUGGACCCCAAGCCAUGCAACAACGUCCUGCUGGACCCCAAGUCAUGCAACAACGCCCUGCUGGUCCUCCAAAUGUACAGCAGCAACGCCAACCCGGACCUGGUCAGCAAGCUAUGCAACAGCAGCGUCCAAAUGCUCCUACGACUUCUCAAUUUCCGCAAGGAAUGGCCCAAAGACCUGGUGCGCCCCAGCAACCACGUCCUGCAGCUCCUCAAACGCAGCAACCACGUCCUGCAGCUCCUCAAACGCAACAACCACGUCCUGCUGCUCCGCAGGCAGCUCAACCUCGUUCGAUCACGCCCCAAACCCAUCGCCUAGUAGCUCAGGGUGCAGCACUUCGCCCCCCUCCACGCAGUGUUGCAGGUGGUGAAGGAACUUUAGGUCGGCCGAUCAAGCUUUCUGCGAAUCAUUUUGCCGUCAUUAUGAAGAAACCAAUUCUCUAUCAUUACGACGUUGAGGUUAAACCUCUUCCUCCGAAAACGCUUUUCAAAAAAGUCAUCGUGCAGUUCCUAGAGAGCGAAGCACGUUUCAAAGACAUUUUUCCGGUUUUUGAUUUGAAAAAGAACAUUUACACAGCUCGUCGAAUUCCGGGCUUGGAUUCAAAGGUUGACAUCAAGUUCGAAUUUCAAGAAUUGGAUCGUGAAACUCCUAGGUUGAACGAAUUCAUCAUCAGCUUGCAACCAACUGGAGAGGUGGAAAUUGAUGUGGGGGCCCUUGCGAGUUACUGUCAAGGUGGUUCUGGUUCGUCCGUGGACAUACCCCUUCGUCCUAUUCAAGCAUUGGAUAUCGCAUUAAAAUAUGGCGCCGCUCAACGUCCUACAAAGGUGAUGCUCGGAAGUUGCUUGCUUUCGAAGCCUGUUGGAAGAAGCGAGGAUCUCGGAGGAGGAGUUGAGGUCUGGUUUGGACAUUUCCAGUCCUUGCGUCUUGGUUGGAAACCGUUUCUUAAUGUUGACGCAACCCAACGUGCCUUUUUGAAAUCCGGCCUAGUUCACGUAAUAAUGGCAGACAUGUUCAGAGCUAGACCCGGUGAUAGGUUGGAUGAUCGUGACUAUGGUGAUUUUCACAAGAAAAUUGCCACGUUGAAGGUUUCCUAUAACCGCGGGAAAUACAUAGCCACGGUUGGAUGUAAUGGUAUUAAAGGAGCUGCCAACACUGAGAAAUUUGAAUGCGAUGGCAAGACUAUCACGGUUCAAGAAUACUUUGAAACGAAACUUAAUAUGAAGUUGAAGUAUCCCCACCUUCCCUGUGUCUGGGUAGGAAGUCGCGAGAAAAAGAAUUUGGUACCAAUGGAGUUGUGCUCGAUUGCCGAAGGUCAAGAGUAUCGUCGCAAGUUGACUGACUUUCAAACUUCUGCUAUGAUCAAAGUUGCUGCCACACCCGCUGAUGUUCGCAAGAGAAAGAUUCUCGAUUCCGUCAAUGGAAUGCAAUUUGCUCAGGAUCAAUAUGCUCAACAUUUUGGCAUUUCGGUAGAUACACAGAUGGCCAAAAUUCAAGGGCGAGUACUGCCUACGCCUAAGCUUGUAUACGGUGACAGAGAGUGUUCGUCAAUCAUUCCUAAGGACGGAGUUUGGAACAUGAGGAACAUGAAGUUUAUCGAAGCUAAGGCGAUGAAUUCAUUUGGUUUAAUCAAUAUCACUAGAUGCGGUGAUCGUGAAAUUAAUUUUUUCAUUGAAGCAUUGACAAAAGCUGGUCGAGAAAUGGGCAUGUCUAUGGGCCAGCUACUUUUCAACAGGCCUUGCGGGGCUCGUGACUUGGAAAGCAAUAUGAAAAUGGCUAAGCAGAAGUUUCCACAACUUCAGAUAAUUUUUGUCAUCAUCAACCGCAAAGGCGAUCCCGCUUACGAAAUUGUUAAGCGUGUUGGGGAUUUAGAUCUUAAGAUCACCACGCAAUGCAUACAGCAAAAGAACGUGGUUGGAAGAAACGGACCAGAUCCGUCAACCAUGGCCAAUAUUUGCUUGAAGCUCAACGCUAAACUAGGAGGAAUCAACAAUUUGAUUUCACGCGAUUUUCGCCCUAAGAUGUUAUUGAACGAACAAGUCAUCAUCAUGGGAGCUGAUGUGACGCAUCCUGGUGCAGAUCAACAAGAUUCUGGUAAACCUUCUAUCGCAGCCGUCGUAGGAAGUGUUGAUCCCCGCGCCUCGCAAUACUGCUGCGAGAUCAGAAUUCAAAAAUCAAAGCAGGAGUACAUUGAAGACAUGGAGAAUAUGGUUUACAAUUUGCUGCGGAAAUUUAACAGGGCGGCUGGAGCAACUUCAACUGGCAAGCCACAACGGAUCAUUUUUUACCGUGAUGGUGUGAGCGAAGGCCAAUUCGCUAAAGUUCUUGAAUGGGAGCUUAGCGCCAUUCGCAAGGCUUGCAUGAAACUGGAAGUUGGCUACAAUCCACCUGUAACUUUCAUCGUUGUCCAGAAGCGCCACCAUACUCGUCUUUUUCCGGAAGAUCAGAGGGAUGAGUGUGGCCGUGGAAAGAACGUCCCACCUGGAACAAUUGUCGAUAACACGAUCGUGCAUCCCGUUGAGCAAGACUUUUUCCUCGUUUCACACCAAGGAAUUCAGGGUACUAGUCGGCCGACGCAUUAUCACGUUCUCUGGGAUGAUAGCAAGUUUCAGGCUAACGACAUUCAGAUGCUGACAUAUUACAUGUGCUAUCUAUUUACCCGAUGCACUCGCUCUGUAUCGUAUCCAGCCCCAUGCUAUUAUUCGCAUCUUGUUGCUUUCCGUGGACGCCAGUACUAUGACAAUUUGACUGGAAAUCGUCAAGCUGUGUCUUCAACUGCUCUGCAGACUCAUAUCGAUUCAACCCGUGAUUUGAGCUUCAUGUUUUUCGUUUAGACUUAAACUAGUCGUUUACUUUUCUUUUCACAAGCUAAUUUUCUUAUUUACUUUUUGUAAUAUCUCAUAUUUUGGUGUGAACUAAUUUACAUUCAAGAUGAAGAUAUAAUUUUUUUUUUGAAACAGC